CGUGAGCCACGUCUCGUCCCCAUUUGCGUGCGAGCGUGCGUGGGAAGCGAAUCCGCGAUUCCACAGCCACCAGUGAUUCGCCGGAGCAGCGAUGCGGUCGCCGUCGCCGCCGCGGCCGCUGGCCUUCCCGACGCUGGACUCGCUGGCGGCGUUCCUCGGAGCGCGGCUCCCGGCCUCGGCGCUGGCCUCCUGGGGCACGGCGCCGGGGACCAAGACCCUCCUCAACCUCUUCCUCGAGCUCUCCCAGGGCGAAUGCGUGCUCCUCCCCGCCGCCGCCGACGCGCAGCAGCAGGAGGAGCACCCCGUCGUCCGCGCCGUCCACGUCGCCACCGUCCGCAUCCGCAACCGCCGCGGCGGGCUGCUGAUGGAGACCGGGCAGCUCCUCUCCGACGGCACGCUCCGGUCCCGCGGCGGGCCCCGCCCGCUCUCCGAGAAGAUGCGGCCCGGGGAGACCUCCGAGGCCGCGGCGGCCCGCGCCGUCCGCGAGGAGCUCGGCGAGCGCGUCCGCGUCCAGAUCCUGGGAGCCGAGGAGCCGCGCGUGGAGGAGCGGGAGUCGGCGUCCUACCCGGGGCUCCAGGCCAGGUACGUGCUGCACGCGGUGGACGCGGAGGUGGUGGAGGGCGUCCCCGAGGAUGGCGAGUUCGACACCGAGGAGGGCGGGGAGCACGAGGACGAGGUCGUGGUCGAGGGAGCCGCUCCCGCCAUCACCGUGAAGAGGCAUUACUGGAGGUGGAUGCACGACGGCGCCGCCGCCACCGCCGAGGAGGUCGAGGAAGAGCGCCAGAGCGCCAACCAGUAAUCAUCUCACAUCUCGUUCGGAAUCCCUCCCUGUUCUUGCAAAAAAUCUGGAAUUUCGACAACAAUUCGGUACCAUUUAUUUCUUUCGUGCCAUUUUACUUGCAUUUUGUGAUGCUUGAAUAAGGUAUACCUUUUGAUUUCGCCGAUCAAAA